GUCCCUCUUCGAUCUAUUAUUGUGUCCCUCUUCGAUCUAUUAUUAUUCGCUCCUUGUAUUCGCAGUCUCGCAGAGACUCCCUACUCGAGCUCGAUCGCCCCCUUUCCUACCGAGUACCGACCAUCCAUCCGUCCGUCGCUGCGGCAACCACAAGUAUAGAAGUAGCGGCAGAUCGCCGCGCGCGUAUAAAUAGGGGCCAUUCUAAAAGCAGGCAAGCGCAAAAGCCGCGGCGUCCAUCCACCCCGACCCAUCCAAUCCGUUCCAUUCCUACGUCGGCUCGGACCUCGGAGACACAGGGAUCGUCUUCGUCCCCGGCCUCUCGCCUUCCUCCACCCCCCUCUCCUCUCUCUCGCUGGCUCGUGGCCAACCCACCCACCCACCUCCGCUCCGCCCCGCUUCCAUCGAUCCAUUCCGCGAUCGGCCUUACACGUCUAACAGUACAUGAGUUUCUAACUGGUGCGAGCCCAAGUAAAGUUCUGUAAUUAGUCACAUUCCUGCACAAUGUCGACUGCGAAAGUGGUGCUUGAGCCUGCAUUUCAAGGAGCUGGCCAUAAACCAGGGACAGAGAUAUGGAGGAUCGAGGAUUUCAAGCCAGUCGCUUUGCCAAAAUCAGACUAUGGCAAAUUCUACUGUGGAGAUUCUUAUAUAGUUCUGCAGACGACAUGUAAAGGAGGUGCUUUUAUUUUUGACAUCCAUUUCUGGAUCGGAAAAGAUUCCAGCCAGGAUGAAGCUGGAACUGCGGCGAUCAAGACAGUUGAGCUUGACAGCAUGCUCGGGGGCCGUGCGGUGCAGCACAGGGAGCCACAGUGCUACGAGUCUGAUAAAUUCCUCUCGUAUUUUAAACCGUGCAUCAUACCCAUGGAGGGCGGCUUUGCUUCUGGGUUCAAAAAGCCAGAAGUGGACAAGUUUGAAACACGUCUAUAUAUCUGCAAAGGGAAGAGAGCUAUCAGAGUUAAAGAGGUUCCAUUUUCUCGUUCAUCGUUGAACCAUGAUGAUGUCUUUAUCUUGGAUACUGAGAACAAAAUAUAUCAAUUCAACGGUGCAAACUCCAACAUCCAAGAAAGAGCCAAAGCCUUGGAAGUGAUCCAGCAUUUAAAGGAGGAAUACCAUGACGGAGUGUGCGCUGUUGCAAUCGUCGAUGAUGGGAAACUGCAAGCAGAAUCAGAUUCAGGAGAAUUCUGGGUCCUUUUUGGAGGUUUUGCGCCAAUAGGGAAAAAAGCAAUAAGUGAUGAUGAUGUUGUUCUUGAAACUACAUCACCAAAGCUUUUCAGUAUCAGUAACGGCCAACUGAAGUUAGAAGACGCUGUCCUUACAAAAUCAAUUUUGGAGAACACCAAGUGCUUUUUACUUGACUGCGGGGCUGAGCUAUUCGUGUGGGUUGGUCGGGUAACACAGGUAGAGGACAGGAAAGCUGCCAGUGCAGCAGUUGAGAAAUACAUUAUUAAAGAAAAUAGACCAAAGACAACAAGAAUAACUCAAGUGAUCCAAGGUUACGAGAAUCAUACGUUCAAGUCUAAGUUUGAGUCAUGGCCUGUAAGUAACACGUCAGGGAGUGCCAGCACGGAGGAAGGCCGAGGGAAAGUUACAGCACUCUUGAAGCAGAAAGGUGUUGAUGUCAAAGGAAUCUCAAAAACUAGUGUGCCAGUAAAUGACGAAGUUCCUCCUUUGCUGGAUGGCGGUGGAAAGCUUGAGGUUUGGUGUAUUGAUGGCAGUGCCAAGACUGCUCUUCCAAAGGAAGAACUUGGAAAAUUCUACAGCGGAGACUGCUAUGUUGUUCUCUACACUUAUCAUUCUGCUGAAAAAAAAGAAGAGUUCUAUCUAGCUUAUUGGAUUGGGAAAAAUAGUGUACAGGAAGAUCAAGAGGCGGCUUUUCAAAUAGCUAAUACAACUUUUAAUUCUUUGAAAGGAAGACCUGUCCAGGGUCGUAUUUAUCAAGGAAAAGAGCCACCACAAUUUGUGGCUAUUUUCCAGCCAAUGGUUAUUCUUAAGGGUGGUACUAGCUCUGGUUAUAAGAAAUUUGUAGAAGAGAAGGGUCUGAAAGAUGAAACGUAUUGUUCUGAUGGCACUGCUCUCAUUCAAAUUUCUGGAACAGCGGUUCAUAACAAUAAAACGCUUCAAGUUGAUGCGGUCGCAACAUCCUUGAGUUCCACAGAUUGUUUUGUUUUGCAAGCUAAAAACUCGAUGUUUAUAUGGAAUGGGAAUGCAAGUUCUUUUGAACAACAACAGUGGGCUGCUAAAGUUGCUGAAUUUCUGAAGACCGGUGUUGCUGUCAAGCAUUGCAAGGAGGGCACUGAGAGCUCUAUUUUCUGGUCUUCUAUUGGUGGAAAGCAGAGUUAUACAAAUAGAAAUGCUGCACCUGAUGUUGUUAUUAGAGAGCCUCAUUUGUAUACCUUCUCUCUGAGGAAUGGGAAGCUGGAGGUUACUGAAAUUUUCAAUUUUUCACAAGAUGAUCUGUUGACCGAAGACAUGAUGAUACUUGAUACACACUGUGAGGUUUUUGUUUGGAUGGGUCAGUGUGUGGAGACAAAAGAAAAACAGAAAGCAUUUGACAUUGGCCAGAAAUACGUACAACAUGCCGUGGCCUUUGAAGGUAUUUCUCCUGAUGUGCCUCUCUAUAAAGUCAAUGAAGGGAAUGAACCUUGCUUCUUCAGGACAUACUUCUCCUGGGAUAGCGCACGAUCCGUGAUUCAUGGAAACUCUUUUGAGAAGAAACUUUCAGUUCUUUUCGGAAUGCGUUCAGAGGGUGGCAAUAAGGGCUCAGGUGAUGGUGGGCCAACUCAAAGGGCAUCAGCCUUGGCCGCUCUUUCAUCUGCAUUGAAUCCAUCGUCGCAAGGAAAACAGUCAGAUGAGAAGCCCACAAGCUCAGAUGACAGCGAGCAUACUCAACGAGCUUCAGCAAUGGCUGCCUUGUCCUCUGCCCUUAAUCCAUCGACAAAACCUAGCAGCACACAGACACAAUCUCAUUCAGGUCAAGGGUCUCAAAGAGCCGCUGCUGUUGCAGCACUGUCCAAUGUUUUGACUGCAGAGGGAUCUCAUAGCCCCCGCCACAGUAGGUCGUCCCCAACAGCAGAUGCAGACAAGACUGAAUUAGUUCCUACUUCUCCCCAUCAAUUAGAAACAGGGACUGCAGAAGAUGUCCGAACAGAGCCUGAUGUCUCACAGGAACAAACAGCUAAAGAAAAUGGAGGCCAGACAACCUUUAGCUAUGAACGAUUGAUAUCAAAGUCCACUGACCCUGUUAGUGGGAUAAACAACAAGCGCAGAGAGACAUAUUUGGUGGACAGUGAAUUCGAGACCGUAUUUGGCAUGACUAAGGAGGAGUUCUACGAGCAGCCAAGGUGGAAGCAAGAGUUGCAGAAAAAGAAAGCCGAUCUUUUCUGAGACAAGGCUGGCUUCGAACUAAUAAAAGCCCUUACGUCGCACAGGAUUGUCCAGCAUUCUCAUCAUGCUCGUUCCGCGUAUGAUGAUCGAUCACCAGCAGCUUUAUCCGUGAGUUGUAUAGGCUACUCUUUUAUCUGCACAUGGUUUGGGAGCAUUAUAUAUAUAUCCCCCUUGCCCGUCCAUUAUUCUGAGGUCGUUCUUGAUGUUGACCUUUCACGUGUUUUCUUUUUUUAUUGUAUUAUAAAAAAUCAAACUGGUGUAAAUGGCAUUACUAGUGAGAUUUUUGUAAGUAAUGGUGCAUGGGCACCAAGGUGUAUGCAACAUAUUUUUGUUGUAAGACUUCAGCUUCUAUUGUUCUGGUGGUGUUCUAUUGACCACUGGUCUAAUCAUCUUUACUGGCUUAGGUAAUGGCCAACA